AAACAAAUAGACUAAAUUCCACAAGAAAAGAGAGACCGCGCCGAGAAUGAACGCUGCCACGAAAUCUGAACUCUUUCCCUUGUUCUUCCCUCUAUUAUGAUCGGCGCCUCCUCAGCACGAAAUUCCUCUAUAUACUUCUUUCUUUCGUCGCUAUGGAGUUCGAAUCCUACUACGAAAUUUCCCGCACCGCCGACUUCAUUCACACCCGCAACUUCACCCGAGUUGCAUUGCAGUUCCCUGAUGAGCUCUUGAAGGAUUCAACUAGAGUGGUGAGGGCUUUAAAGGAUAGGCUUCGUGUGCUUGAUGAAUCUGAUACAAAUCAUAGUGAUAGCAAAAAUGAGGUUAGGUUGUUCGUCAUGGCCGAUACUACUUAUGGUAGUUGUUGUGUUGAUGAGGUUGGAGCAGCUCAUGCUAAUGCUGAUUGUGUUAUACACUAUGGACAUACCUGUCUGAGCCCGACAACAACACUUCCAGCACUUUUUGUUUUUGGAAAGGAUUCAAUCGAUGUAACCACUUGUGCCAAAACUUUAUCUCAGUACAGUUUGUCCAGUGGAAAGCCUGUUUUGGUUCUUUUUGGGUUGGAAUAUGCACAUUCAAUGUUUGAUAUUAAACAAAGACUAUUAGAUUCAUUCCAGACAAGCAGUUUGGGAUCGGAAUUGGAAGUUCAUUUUGCAGAUGUUAAAUGUUCUAGUUUGGAUCCAUCCCCAUAUCAAGAAAAUGUUGUCAAAGGUGGGGAACAAGCUUCCAAUGCUGAAAGUGGGAGUUCUGAGAACAUAGCUGGAGCUAGGCAUCACAUUGGAGGCUUGUUUUGGGAGUUACCUAAAGAGCGAAGAAUGGAGGACUGCUCACUUUUCUGGAUAGGUUCUGACAAUUCAGCCUUUGCCAAUGUUGUUCUAACAUUUAAUGGCUGUGAGAUAGUCAGAUAUGAUGCAAAAGAAAGUUGGUUAGUUACUGAUGUAUCUAAGCAGAGAAGGAUCCUUAAGCGCAGAUAUUAUUUGGUGGAGAAGGCAAAGGAUGCUGCCAUUGUUGGAAUUUUGGUUGGUACUCUUGGUUUAGCUGGUUACCUCCAUAUCAUUCAUCAGAUGAAAGAACUGAUCACUGGAGCAGGGAAGAAGGCUUAUACACUUGUUAUGGGAAAACCCAAUCCUGCAAAGCUUGCUAACUUCCCCGAGUGUGGUGUAUUCAUAUAUGUUUCUUGCGCCCAAACUGCACUUAUGGAUAGCAAAGAGUAUCUUGCUCCCGUUAUUACUCCAUUUGAAGCCACACUAGCUUUCAGCAGAGGAAGUCAAUGGACGGGAGUUUAUGUUAUGGAAUUUCAAGAUUUGAUUGAUUGCUCAACACCUAAAGAAGCAAACCAAUCAGAUGAAGCUCGAUAUUCUUUUUUGCAAGGCGGAUAUGUUGAAGAUUGGGAUUCCCAAGAAAAUACUGAGGAAGAAAAUGGAGCACAUGCUCUAGUAACUGCAACACAGAAGGCUCUCCAGUUGCGUGAUAAUCGAAACUUGCUUAUUGAAGGAACUGCCAGGUCUGGAGCAGAAUUUUUUGCAUCUCGUUCCUUUCAAGGCUUAGAUAUUAACAAUGGCAGUUUCGAGCCGGAGCCAUAUGUGAUAGGGAGGAGUGGCAAGGCAUCAGGGUAUCAAGACGAGAAAAACAGGUAAGAAGAAAAACAUUGAAGAUGUAGGUCAUGGCAGGUGCUUGGAAAAAGAGGUUAGUGUUCAAUUCUUCGAAGAGAUGUUAAAAAUUAGGUUUCUGAAGAUAGUCUAAGUUUUGAAAAACUGUGGUAAAUGAAUGAUAAUAGUUAUAAAAUUGUUGUGCACAAAGAAAGUGCUAUUUAGAAGAAAGGAUAAUUUUAAUUAUUUCUUAGAACAAGUGAUUCCUGCAAUUAUAGUGUAUAAUAAUAAUUUUUGGUUUAGAUUCUA